CCUCGAAGCCACAACGUCGUCCUCAUUUUCCAAUCUCUUGCUUCUUCCUACAAAUUUACUGAUUGACGUGUCCGACGGAUGCGCAUCAAACUGUGCGCAUUACGAAAGCAACAAUCUCGACACGCGAGGUUCGAGCUCCGGCGAAUCAACCAUUAAACAUUUAUACGAAACUCACUACUUCCGAAUCGUCGAACGGCAUCGCCGCAACCCUAGCCGAACCCCUCAUCGAACAUCAAUAAUCCCACCACAAUCUUGAACCAUGUCUCAGCCAACAAACUCCGGCAUCAUAACUGACAAAAACGGCGAGCGUGUCAUCCCCGAGUCUAAGAGAGCCGACGGGAGUACCAGAAAAGCUAUCAAAGUCCGCCCCGGCUACCGCCCGCCCGAGGAUGUCGAGGUGUACAAGAACCGCACCGCCGAGGGCUUUCGCCAGCGCGGCAAAGGCCCAGUGCCGGGCGCAGAGGGAUUGAAGGAGGACAAGUCGGACCAGCAGCUCAGUGCGGCGGCUAACAAAAAUGCCAAACGUCGGGAAGCGCGCAAAAAAGCCAAGGCUGCUGGCGAAAUAGAAGGCGAGGAUCAGAAGACAGCUGUUGCAGCGGCCCCUGCACUCAAGCCAGAAGAGCUCGACCCGGAAGCCGAGAAGGAGAAGAAGGCCCGGAAUGUAAAGAAGAAGCUUCGCCAGGCCAAGGAGCUGAAGGACAAGAAGGAUGGUGGAGAGUCGUUGUUACCUGAACAGAUCGCCAAGGUUAUCAAGAUCAACGAACUCAUCCGGGAAUUGGAUGCCCUUGGUUUCGACUCUGAAGGGGAGCCAAAGACCGCAAAGGCUUCGUCUGAACCAAAAGAGGACUCGACCUGAAGCAGGAAAGUGACGAUCGAGGAUAAAGAUCAUGAGCAUAGGUCCUGGCCGGCAAUUGCUAUGGCCAAGUUACAGAGACACUGCUCCGCCGGUCCAAUUGAUGCGCCACACUCGAUUCACGACGAUCCCUGAACAAUCCUUCAGCAUGAGCCUAAACUGGGAAGCCUUUCGACACUCUUUGACACUGCACGCCGACCUUUGAGCCUUCUGCCGCUCCGCGCGCCCGCGUUGAGGGCCUGGGGAGCAUGGGGUAGCUGUAUGAAUAUGCCAUGACGGGAAGUGCUGCUGCUCUGAACGUUGCGAUCGGGUAAAGGCGAAUGGUCCAAGGCGAAUGUCCAAGGCAAAUUGUUAAGAUGAAAGGGACGACGACGAUAAAGAGUGAUGGUUUCGAAUGCUGCUGGCUGUACAGGGUCUGUACAGUCAAUUUACAGUUCAAGACGAGAGGGAUGUCGGAUCCUGCCCUGCAGGGAAGGUGGGAUCAGAUAACAAGGAGGCAACGGCUUGGCGAAAGUCACGUUAAGCGUCCAACAGCAACUUGGAAAUAUGCGCCUGUACAUGUACUGUCAGCUCUGACAGCGCAUUUCGCCCAAUAACCGUCGAGAGAAAGGUUCCGGUAUAGUUCCGUUGUAGAGGUGUUUGGUCGGAAUCAUAAAUAGAAGCUAGCUUUCUGUCCCUCUUUUCCAAGGUCUCCUUCAAGGUUCGACGUCACGAUGCAUCAUCCUGGACGGCACUUCCUUAUUGAGAUGAAAAGACGAAAGGAAAUAAUGGUCAUUCUUUGAACUAGAGGUCUACGGGCAGCAUAGGUACGGUCACUAUUACGAGUGUGGCAUAGAAACAUCCGUGGCGCUAUAUGCGUGAGCCCCGGUGGGAAAAGUUGGGCUUAUAUAGUGGGUUUGAAGGUCACAAAGGACUCGGAAGAAGUGAGGCGGAUCUGGAAAGAGCGGAAAUAAGAUUUAAGCAGGAAGCAAGACCUAAACCACCAGUAGAGAAAAAUCUUUGACUCCAAACAGCGUAAUGAUAUAGAACAUUGAAAAAGACGAACCUGGCUGUUCCACUUCAAGAGAA